AUUAACAGUGUCUGAGUGAGAGAGAGAGAGAAGCUUUGCAGAGAAAAAUGCAGAACUUUUGGUUCGCCAUCUUCAUCUUCUUGCUAAUAUGCGCACCACCGUCUCUUUUAACCUACGCAUCCGCCGUUACUCUAAGCCGUCGUCUCCUCUAUGACUACGAUUCACCACUUCCUCCUCCUAUCUCUCCCAUAAGUCCUCCUUUCUUCCCUACCUACUCCUCCUCAUCUCCUCCUCCUCUUCCUCCGUCUCCUCCUCCUCCUACCUUCGCCGUCUUCCCUACAUUUCCGGCUAACAUCUCUGCUUUAGUCCUCCCUCGCUCUUCUAAACCACACCACGCUUCUCCUACUCUUCUCCUUCCAGCUAUCUCCGCCGUUCUUGCUGUAGCCACAGUCUUGGGAUUGGCUUUGUUUCUAUACGGUCGGUACCAAGGACAAAACCGUCAUGUUAAGAACAGUCAUUGUCCUAGUAGCAACACAAGCAGCUAUGAUGAUGAACAGAGUCAUAUCACUACUAACUUCAACAUGGCUGCUACUACAUCUCCUUCACAAGUCUUUUACCUCAAUACAGAGGAAUCUGAACAUAUAAGAACCGGAGGUACUUAUUUCUUGAAGCAAGAUUCGCCGGAGAUACGACCAUUACCACCAUUACCACUGCGUAGCUUCCAGCAUAACUAUGAAACAGAGGUUAACGAAGAAGACGGAGAAGAAGAAGAAGAUGUGUUCUUUUCACCUAUGGCUUCACUCCCUGGUUCAGAGACUUCAAGCCCAUCUCAUUCAUGCUCUUCUUCCUGCUCUGGAUGGGUUUCUCCAGCUAGGUCGUUCUCUAUGAACAUGUCUCCACCAAACCCUAGAUACUCAGACGCUACUAACCUUCAGUCUCCGUCACCGGAGAGACUAAGAGUAAGGAAACAUAACGGAAACGGGUCGGCGUCUUUAAGAAUGUUUAGCUUUUGGAAUCAAAAUGUGGGAUUUGGGUUUCCUCGUAUCUCUUCUGCUUCUACUUCACCAGAUAGAGGAUUCAUUAGAACACCACUUUCUUCUCUCUACUCUUCAGUUUCUACUUCUCCUGAUGGUUUGUUCCGGAAGUUUCUUGAUAGUUCGCCGCCGAUUUGGAAUGACUUUAGUCGGAAUGUGAAGUCUGUUUUGCUUUCUCACUCUGCUUCAUCAAGGAGAGAUUUUGUUAUCAAUAUUGGUGAAUCUUCAACUCAACAGAGUAAAAUAGCAACAGUUCCUGCUCUUCCUCCUCCGACCAGACCACCUCCUCUUGUUCCACCGUCUCAACCUUUUGUUGUUCAGAAUGAUGUAAAGAAACUAUCUUUCUCAGACCAACCUCCCAAACAGCUGCCUUGGGAUCGUCUUAGAUCGAGCUCUUUCAAAUUGGAUAAGGAGAUGGUAGAGACUUUGUUCAUUGCAAACUCGUCAAACCCAAGAGAUCUUCCUAUUCUAAAUCAAGAAACCAAAGUUUUAGAUCCGAGAAAGGCUCAGAAUAUUGCUACUCUGCUUCAACUACUUAACUUAACCACAAACGAUGUUUGUCAAGCAAUUCUUGAAGGUAACUGUGAUGCACUUGGAGCUGAACUUCUUGAGUGUUUAUUGAGAUUGGCACCUACUAAAGAAGAAGAGAGAAGGUUGAAGAGCUUUAGUGAAGAUUCCAUCAAGCUUGGUCCAGCUGAGAGGUUCCUUAAGGAGUUACUUCAUGUGCCUUUCGUGUUCAAACGUGUUGGGGCAUUGCUCUUUGUGGCUAAUUUCCAAUCCGAGAUCAAACGUCUUAGAAAAUCAUUCAGUGUUGUUCAGGUUGCUUGUGAAGAACUAAGUAACAGUAGAAUGUUCUCCUUACUUCUCGAUGGUGUACUGAAGACAGGAAACAUGAUGAAUGGUGGAACAAACCACUGUGGUGAUGCUCAUGACUUCAAACUUGACACGCUCUUCAAGCUUGUCGAUGGAAGAAGCAGUCUCGUGCAUUUUGUUGCUCAGGAAAUAAUAAAAUCAGAUGGCGGUAUGAGAGCUUUAGAAGGCAUCAGAAACCUGAAUUCAGAGCUGAGCAAUGUCAAGAAAUCAGCAGACAUUGAGUAUGGUGUUCUAAGAAGCGAUGUCUCGAAGCUUUGUCAAGGACUGAAGAACAUCGAGGAGCUUUUGCUACUGAGCGAGGAGAGUGGAGCAAGUGGAGAUCAAUGGCUGAAGUUCAGGGAGAAGAUGGUUAGGUUCUUGAAAACUGCUGCAGAGGAGAUUGUGAAGAUUAAAAUACGAGAAAGUUCAACACUCUCUGCAUUGGAAGAAGUCACAGAGCAAUUCAAUGGAGAUUCUUCCAAGGAAGGUCACACAAUGAGAAUCUUCAUGAUUGUGAGAGACUUCUUGUCUGUUCUAGACAAAGUGUGUAACCAGAUGGGAGACUGAUUCCCAUUGUAAGAUUUUUAAUGUAAUGAUUAGGAACGUAUCUCUAGUUUCAGUGUAUCUCUAGUUUUAGUGUCUUGUAACGGGUAUGACUAACGCCAUAUCUGGAGAAUCUCUGUAUGACUUUUUUGGAAGACAUUCGUAGGUGUUAUGCUAAUUUCAUUCUAAA